AUUUAAACGAUGGUAUUAUGGCUCAAGGACCUUGAGUUCUUAAAGAAAUAGGCACUGGUUCACUCCUAUCUGUGGACUGCUCAAAUAUUGUAGUCGAAAUAUGCAUAAUGCUGACUGCCACAACGAAAUGUGGUCUAGGAUGCCGUCAAGAACACGCAUGUUUAAUGCUUUUUGCACAUCCCAUCACUGUCUGGCACUCAGUAUGAAUACUUUAGAUCUUGUGUCUCGAAAUCGGGGCUCUUGUGGCUGGAGACCGUUAUUCCAUGGGCCACUGAACAUGAACCACUCGAGUGUCGCUCUGCUUGCGUCGCCACGAUUGGAUAAUCUGGCCCUCCACAUCAAAACGUCCUUGGAUCCAAGGCGCCCCUCUGUGCUCACGCCCAAAUCACUGCCUUGGCCUUUAUCUAAUACCAUUCAAGGCCCAGUAGAGUGGCCAAUGGAUGCGCGGUCCAACUCUGAAGUACAAAUGGGUCGCAAAUCCCUUUUGGAUCGAGCAUUGUGUUCCUCAUGUCUCACUUCCCCUGUGGACGUGGGCAUCGGCGAGACCCCAGGACGCGGACGUGGAGGCUUUUUGAGUGAAUUCCGGCCACGAGAUUAGGAGGCGAGGGAGGAGUCAACCUCCCCUUCGGAUGUGGAGUAGACUACAAGAUGAAAUCAAUGCAGAAAAUAUAGCAAGAGAAGCAGUUUAAUACAUCUAUAAUAAUAGGCAAGGGCUUUUAAACUUCUAGUGUGCGGGUGAGAAAGGUA